AUGACUAUUCCAACAUUUCCAUCAUCUUCUGAAUCUCGUUGGGAUCACGAUGUCUUUCUGAAUUUUAGAGGUGAAGAGACCCGUAAGAACUUUACCGAUCACCUCUACUCCGCCUUGGUGGAAGUCGGAAUUCGUACCUUCCGCGAUGAUGAGGAGUUUCGAAGAGGGAAUAUUGUCUCUACUGAACUACUCAAUGCAAUUCGUGGAUCGAAGAUUUCUAUUGUUGUUUUCUCCAAAGGCUAUGCUUCUUCUACGUGGUGCCUUGAUGAACUAGUGGAGAUCGUGCACCGUAAGAAUACUGUAGGCCACACUCUUCUUCCAAUAUUUUAUAAUGUGGAACCCUCAAAUGUUCGACAUCAAACCGGAACUUUUGCGAAAGCCUUUGCUAGGCAUGAAGAGCGAUCUCAAACUGAUAUGGAGAGGGUGCAAAUGUGGAAAGCAGCUCUUAGUGAAGCUGCGAAUUGUUCUGGCUUGGAUCUCCAAAGUGCUGCAAAUGGGUAUGAAUCAAAAUUCAUUAAGAAGAUUGUUGAAGAAGUUUUGAACAAAGUCAAGCCUGCUCGCUUGAAUGUUGCCAUGCAUCCAAUAGGAAUAGAAUCUCGUGUUGACGAGAUGAAAGUUUUAUUAGAUCUUGGAACAAGUGACGUUUGCAUUGUGGGCAUCUAUGGGAUGGGUGGAAUUGGUAAAACAACCUUAGCAAAAGCUACCUAUAAUCAAAUAUGUUAUGAAUUUGAUGGAAGUAGUUGUCUUUUAAACGUUAAAGAAGCUUCAAGGCAAUCCAAUGGUUUAGUUACUUUACAAAAGCAACUUCUUUUUGAUAUCGUGAAAGGGAAGAAUUUAGACUUCUAUAAUGUUGAUAGUGGAAUAGAGUGGAUUAAGGAAAGAAUUGAGGGCAAAAAAGUUCUUAUUGUUUUGGAUGAUGUGGAUCAGGUGAAACCCCUACACGCAUUAGUUGGAAACUUUAUACGGUUUGGCCAAGGAAGUAGAAUCAUUAUAACAACUAGAGAUGAACAUCUACUUACUCAACUUGGAGUACAUAAAAAAUAUAAGGUGGAAGAAUUGAAUAAUUGGGAGUCUCUUCAACUUUUCUCCUAUCAUGCCUUCAAGAUGGGCCAUCUAACAGAUGAUUACAAGGAACUUUCAAUUAGGGCAGUGGAGUAUGCAAGAGGACUUCCAAUAGCUCUUGAGGUUUUGGGUUCUUUUCUAUUAGGAAGAAGUGUUUUUGAAUGGAAAAGCGAAUUAGAAAAAUUGCAAGGAAUUCCUCACAAUGAGAUUCAAAAAAUAUUAUUAGAUUAA